AUGGAAUAUUUAGAACUUAAUGGAACCAAAGAGGGAUUAUCAGCAGCUGUUGAUGAUAUGUGGGUUUUAAAUGCAACAUAUUUGGUUUUUUAUAUGCAAGCAGGAUUUUGUAUGUUAGAAGCAGGUGUUGUAAGGGCGAAGAAUGCAAAAAGUAUAAUUAUAAAAUCGAUUAUUGAUACAGCUAUAGGUUCGUUACUGUUUUGGGCGUUAGGGUUUGGUUUAGCAUUUGGUAAUGCUGAUAAAGCCUCGAAUCCAAUUAUUGGAACAUCACAUUUUUUUUUAAUAAAUUAUGAUAAUUUAUCAUUUUUUGCCUUUCAAUGGGCAUUUUGUGCGACAUCUAUAACGAUAGUUAGUGGAUCAUUGGCGGAACGUAUUCAUGUAACAUCAUGUCUGGUAUACACAAUAGCGAUGUCAGCAUUUAUAUACCCGCUAUCAGCACAUUGGGUUUGGUCGUAUAAUGGUUGGCUUAGACAAAUUGGAACGAAUGGUAUUAUAGAUUUCUCUGGAGGUAUAGUUGUACAUAUAGUGGGUGGUUGUAUAGGUUUGGUUGGCACUUAUCUUGUGGGGCCUCGUAUAGGAAGAUUUGACAGUGACUCUGGUAAACCCAAACCAUUACCUGGCCAUUCCAUCACAUUAUAUACUUUGGGUGCUUUCAUCAUUUGGUACGGUUUUUAUGGAUUUAAUACUGGUUCUACAUUGGGUGUAAGUGGUGGUCGUAUUAAUAUUGCGUCUAGAUCAGCUGUAACAAUGACUAUUUCCGCCUGUGCCUCUUGUGCGACUACUCUACUGGCCAUUAAAAUCAAAAGUGGAAAAUAUGAUGUGGUAAAAUCUGUAAAUAGUUUAUUAGGUGGGUUAGUAUCGUCCGCAGCAGUUUGCUCUAUAGUUGAACCCUGGGCUGCUUUUAUCAUUGGUUGUGUCGCUGCUUUUGUUUACUUGGGUGCUUCAACACUUUUAUUAAAACUUAGAAUAGAUGAUCCUUUAGAUUCCUCUGCUAUUCAUUUUGCUUGUGGUGUCUGGGGUGCUUUGUCUGUUGGUCUAUUCAGUACCCAAGAAAAUCUUUCGCUCAUCCUCAAAAGAGAAACAAAUGUUUAUGGCUUAUUCUUUGGUGGUGGUUUUCAACAACUUGGUAUUCAACUAUUAGGUAUCAUCAUAGUUAUAGUCUGGUGUUUAUUUACUUCAUCAAUUUUAUUUUUAAUCAUGAAGAAAUUCCAUUUAUUAAGAAUAGAGCCAACAAAAGAAUUGGUUGGUAUUGAUAUUGACCAUAUUGGUGGGCCAGCUUAUUACUAUUAG